GAAACAGGAAGUGACGCCGAGUGUUAGAACCGAGACCCGGGAGUGCUGGCACAGAGAAUGGAGCAGCCGCCCCGCAGACCUCGUGGCCCCAUUAGGCGCAGCUCGAGGGAGGGUCCUGACGUCUGCGUGGCCUUCCCGGGGCCGGUGACGAGGGAGAGCUGCUGCCGCUUCAUCUGCGAGCUCCUGAAGCACAUCCUGCACCAGAGGCACCAGCUGCCCCUACCCUACGAGCAGCUUCUCCACUUCUGUAGUGGGAAGAAGGACGGUGAAGAGGUUGUGAGAAGACCGAUAAAGGAGGCGUCAGAUUCCCGCCAGUGUCAGCGCGCCCUCUCAGACUUGGCGGAGUUAAUGUCCCAGCUGGACGUCUUCUUUACACUGACGGCUGUGCCCCGGGUCCUGCUGCUGUUGGGGGGCUCCGCUGUCAGCCCUAAGGAGCUGUAUGUGAUAGACAUGGAGGGCAUCCAGGUGGGCAACGGUGAGCAGAGCCUGAGCCCGCGCUCCUGCCUUCGUCAGCUCUUCCGGGCGCUCUUCCUGGCGGACCCGUUCAGUGACCUGCGCUCUUCCGGCCUCAUGAGUGUGGUGCUGAUGGUUCUGGGACAUCGACACUGUGCCACAGACUGGUUCCGACCCAAACUCAACUACAAGGUGCCCACCAGGGCCCACACCCUGACCAUCAAACUGUCCAGCAGUGGAACUGAAGACACCACCUACCCCAGCGACGACUACGUCUGGUUUCAGGCUCCGAUCACACUGAGAGGAUUUCAUAACUGAGGACACAGAGACCCUUCUACUCGAUGCCAAAUACAUGGUGGGGGGGGGGGAAUAUCUGGUAUUAUCUCAGGGUUACCCUCACUCGCCCUCUAUAUAAUCACAUCAUGGGAUGCCCACUGCUGGGCGCAGAGAUGCGUUUGAUCACGUGAUGUGCCCGGCAGUCGAGUCACUCGCCUCCAGUGCAAUAGAAAGCUGCCCCACCGGAUCCACGGCGGAUUUUAGGGACAGCGGACUCCGUGGAUGUACCUCAUACAUGUGAUAUGUACAUGGCUCCUACAGCGCCAUCUCCAGGACGUGAGCCCCGUCCUCACAGCCUCUUCCACUGUGCUCCAGGGACAGCCGGGUGCUCCGAGCAUCUUCCUGGAGGCUCAGUCCUACUGUCAGCUGCUAUAUUUGGAUUAUAAUUUGCCCCCAGAGGCUGCCUCUACCUCAGGACUGACGAGUGCCGCCAGUUGAGCCCGGUGGUAGGUUCACGCUCCGACAUCCAUUGUGGGACCCUCUACUCUCGGGUGCCCUGUCCCAUCUGCAAUUGUCACGUAAGGGUCUUGGGCGCUGGGUUUCUCCCAGCCUCUCGGGACCCCUCUGUGUGACCCUUCACCUUAUACCGUGAUGGGGCGCUCUGCACCUCCGUUAUCCGCCAUGUUUACGUCAGGAGACAAGGAUCAUGUAUCGCGGACUCCUCUUAUUACUGGGUUUUUAUUGGGCGAUUAUAAAUUAUUUAUUUGACCCACAAAGUGUUUUAAAGGGAACUUGAUGCCCCGGGACCCCCACAUGGGGUAAUACUGCCAGGGACUGGCUUUAUGAAGGCGCCCCUGUAUAAGAUUUCUGUAGAAAAUGCACUUGUAAGGUCGCACACGUUUUUACUAAUUAGGGUUGAAAAGCCGUGGGGGCGUUGUGAUAAUCUGAAGAGUCCGAGCCUGACUCUCCUGAGCUUGAUGGAGGUCGGCCUCGGAUGCUGCCGCUCGGUGCGGCCUGAGAUCUAGAGGAGAUGGGGCGUCAGCGCUAAGGGGGGGUUUAGGACAGAGGCCUCGCCCCCAUGAUUAAUUAGCGUAUAACAUGUUAUACCUUCAUUUUCUAUGUAAUGCCGACUUACGGUUUAUACUGGGAGGACCCUGCGGUAUAACGCCAUAUCGGGGACUCGCUGAGCGCCAGGUUCCUAUUAGGACUUUGUUUUUAAUGUGAGAACGGAGCGCCGUUCCUGCGCUGACCGCCCAUCCCGGACUUCUUGAUUUUGGUAUUUUUUAGAUCAUGGACGUAAACUGCUCA